UGGCUCGCUGCCGGCGAUCCAGUGAGCUGUUAGCUGUCAAAGUUCGCGGACGGUGGUUCAAAAUGGCGCGCGUAAACAUUCCUACAUUCAAGCUAAACGAUGGUCGAGACAUCCCAGUACUGGGCUACGGAACCUGGUUGGGCAUGGACGAAGAUGAUGCGGCCGGCCCGAGCAAACCAUUUUCGUUCGAAUUCAGCGCAGCAGGCAUGCCAAAGAUGAACGAAGCUCUGUCGUACGCCAUAGACAUUGGUUACCGACACAUAGACACAGCCCACCUCUAUAGAAUGGAGCCGGAGGUCGGGAAGAUUGUCAACAAGAAAAUCCAAGAUGGCGUCGUGAAGAGAGAGGAGCUUUUUAUUACUACUAAGGUCUGGCACCACUACCACCGCGAGGCUGACGUAGAGGUGUCAGUGCGUGACUCCCUGAGGAGACUCAACCUGGACUAUGUAGACCUGGUGCUUAUGCACUGGCCUAUGUCUAUCUCGCAAGAAGGAGUAGACGAGAAGAUAGACUACCUAGAAACGUGGCGCGGCUUCGAGAUUGUCCUACAGAAAGGGCUCGCCAAGUCCAUUGGAGUCUCCAACUUUAAUCUAGAUCAGAUGAAGAGGUUGCUAGCCAAUUGUAAGGUUCCGCCGGCUGUGAAUCAGGUUGAGAUUAACCUAAACCUCGGUCAAAAAGACCUAGUAGACUUCUGCUCGACCCACAAAGUGUUGACAGUCGCCUACUCGCCGUUCGGGACCAUGGUGCCCUCCCGAAGUGCUCCGAACAGCCCCGAGCCGAAACUUAACAACCCGACCAUGGUGGCAAUAGCUAAGAAAUACGGGAAAACUGUUACUCAAGUCACUUUGAGAUAUUUGUACCAACGCGGCAUAGUAAGCAUUCCAAAAACAGUGACACACUCAAGAGUGUUAGAAAACGGAUCUAUUUUCGAUUUUAACCUGGACAAAGCAGAAAUGGAUACGUUAGCUAAAUUCGACGUUGGUUUUCGUACACUUCGACCAAUAUUUUGGCAAGAUUAUGAAAAUUAUCCAUUUGACAAAGUACCUGGCAAAAUGGAGAUACCAGAGUCUCUGAGGAAAUGGAAGAAUGGCAUUAAUUUGGAUAUUGAAUAAGUUUUUUAUUGGUUAAUGUGUGGAAUGACCGGUUAAAGACAGCUUGGGCUUGACAAAUGUAUUACUUUUAAUGGUUUUAUAGUAUUAUAAUUUAA